CACAUCGAGCUCUAUCAUACUGUUCCUGCCAAACCGUCGCACCAGCUGAUAGCGUCUGGAACGACUGGGCUUUUGGUUAUCAGCUACGAGAUCCAGUGCAGGCGGUUUCCGACUCUGAGCGUGUUUUAAGGCCCUAGUGUGGUAAACAGCUUCGCCAUUCAACCUUCAUCUCUCUCAAAAUGGCAAUCGUCAUCACUCCCGGUCAACAACGGUUAGGGGUUCGAGUGGCCCUCGGAGUGCUCCUCAUCAUCGUCUUUCGCUCGAUUCUCUUCCCCUCGAAUACGCAACCCAAGGAGAUCCAGUCACAUGGUGUGCUCGAACGAGUGCUCUUGACCGACAAGUACCUCGACGUACACAAGUACCCUUUCUUGCAACAUCGUACCGGUCGAGAUGAACGCCCAGACCUGUUCGACAAGGAGGUCAACGACGGGGUGAUGGAUUUCUGGACCAGGUUCCAGAAGCCCUUCAUCACCGGUAGCGAGACUGCCCAUCUCGACCAACAGGUUGUCCGAGGAGCCAUCGAGGACCUGUUAAUGUUCAACGGUUGGGUAGCGGGAGCUUGUCCCACGCUGAAACGACCGUUUGGCCAAAAUUCGAUGGAUGAGCAUUUCGAAGAUCUCGCAAACCAGGGACACUUGUACUAUAUCGGGAUCGUCGUCCACUCUGCCGAUCAUUUCCUGGUCGACCAGCUCGCCGUCAUCGUACAACUCGCUCGACGACUAGGGACGCGCAACAUCUUUGUCUCGGUCUUGGACUCGGCCUCGACGGAUUCCACCGCGACCCUUUCGGAUCUCUGCGAGGCGGUCAUGAUCACCCUGGGUAUUGCCUUCAGGAUCAAGCGUGUCCCACCCAUGACACACGAACCCUCAGCCGCCUACUAUCCUCUCGAAGAAGCUCAGGCGAGGAACUAUGCCCUGGAGCCCUUGCACGAGCUCUGGCAAAAGAGGAGCGUCAAGUUCCACAAGGUCAUCUGGUUGAAGGGGUUCACUUGCCCCAACGAUGUGCUCGAGAGUCUGCGAGUCAGCGAGGUCAACAAUGCCGCCAUGGUCUGUGGUAUGGAUUGGGCCGAGCAUAACGGGUUCUUCAUCUUCUCUGACCGAUGGAGAACUAGGGAUAUCGAAGGAAACUUGUUCCGUCAGGCCAAGUCCAACUCGAAACCCGAGGCUGGACCUCCCCGAGACAAGACCGGUACCGAACGAUACGCCAACCAUCUGCCCUUCCAGGUCUUUUGCUGCGAAUCGGGUAGUCACGUCGUCGACCCUGAACAGUCCUACUACCGGGGCAUCGACUACCGGGCUUCCGAGAUGGCUCAGAACUUGUCUAGCACCGAGUUGCCGCCCGAUUGGGACCCCGAGUACCAGUGCAUGGACUCGACUCAGAUGUGGUUCUGCCGAGAUCUCUGGACCGACGCCGCCAAGGACGGUCUCAAGGGCGGCAAGGGCGGUUUGAGCGGCAAGGUACCUAUCGGACACAAUCGAAAGGCCGGGCACAAGCGAGACGAGGUUCCACCUGCCGCAGCUGCCGAGCCCAACGCUGCCGAACUGAAGGCUCAUGAGCGCGAUGAAAAGGCCGAGAAGCAGGCUGUCGAGUUUGCCAAACGUCAGGCCAUCAAGGAUGACAAGGAACAGGAUUCUGGGACGGACAAUGACGCCAUGGCAGAGAGCGACGAGAACGCGGCUCCUCCCCCCAUGCCGGCGCAGGACCAGCUCCCAGCUUCCGCCUACUUGAUUCCCAACGCGGCCUUUACCCCAGCGAGGAUCCUCGUCAACCCGCGAUGCAUCACCACGUACGGAGGUGUCUCACAUACCCAAUUGGCGCUCGACCUGUUCGGCACCAAGGGACACGAGGACAACGGCGGAAAGUACGCCUUGGAGGACUGGAUGGGUCCUCCUGACAGUUUCGUCUGUCAAGAGAUGAGGACGACGGGAGGCCGGACAGCGCCCAAGAGUCAGAGACGUGUAGGGUGGUUGUUGCAGAACGAGGUCGGAAUUUAGAUGGACUCUUAUGAAGGGGAAGACAGGGGUUGGUGUGACCAGGCACAUCGAUCGGGAUCAGACACCUUUGUACAUAUAGAGAAGCAGACCAUGUUGAUUGCAUCGGUACGAGGUCUCAUUGUAGCCGCAGAG